AUGGUUCCUACACGACGAACAUCAACACGGGAAACGGAUUCCAUUGAGUGCGCCUCCUUGGGGGAGAAGCGGCUGGCGUCUACUUCAAUAUCUGCUUUGCACUCUUCUGAGUGUCGUGACGAUGACCGACCCGGCAGCUUUGCUAAGCGUGCCAAAAUACCCUGGCAAGGUAACCUUAGCAAACGUUGUAAAAGAGCCUCUGCGGCAAAGAGAAAGCUGAAGGAGGAAACCGAGUUAGAGGCCUCUUUGAGGCUUUCCAGUCAAUCUCAAAGGAGGCUGUAUGUUUUGUCACAUGAAACGCUUGGUGAGCGUAUCUACCGUUUGUACUGCAAAUCAGUUUACACACAUUCGUUGAAAAGUAAGAGGAAACUACCUAGACGCUUGCAAGAAAACAAAAAAGCGGCUUCAUCAUAUGCGCUUUUGCGGACUCGACAGAGCCCGAUUCGAAAAGCUACUCGCAAUGCAGCCGACAACGCUGCAACUUCCAUUCGACGGUCCCAGGAAUCCAUGGCUGAGAAAACCGCACGUAACGCAACGAAAGCUGCGGCAACGUCCAUUCGACGGUCCCAGGAAUCCAUGGCUGAGAAUAAGCAAGUACAAGAUAAUUGA